AUGUCUGCUAUCUAUAAGGCUCUGAAGGGGGGUAAGGAGGCCAGUGUCAGCGGUGGUGGAGAGUCGCAUCGAGUUCGGCAGAGAAGCCUUCUUUUACUAUCGCGCGGCGUUGUUCAACGGCAUAGGCAUUUUAUCAAUGAUAUCCAUUCGUUAUUACCCCAAUCUAGAAAGGAAUCGAAGUUGGAUACGAAAAAGAAUCUCUACGAGUUAAAUGAGCUUGCUGAGCUUCACAACUGCAAUAAUGUGAUAUAUUUCGAAAGUCGGAAACACACAGAUUUAUAUCUGUGGUUGGCCAAAGCACCGAAUGGACCAAGUGCAAAAUUCCAUAUACAAAAUUUGCAUACCAUGCACGAGCUCGAUUUCACAGGGAACUGUUUGAAAGGGUCCCGUCCAAUUUUGUCCUUCGACAAAACCUUCGAUGAUGCUCCUCAUCUAAAAUUGAUAAAGGAAAUGAUGGUCCACCAAUUUGGGGUUCCACCGGGAGCGAGAAAAUCGAAGCCGUUCAUCGACCGUCUUAUGACAUUUAGCGUUUUGGAGGGGAAAAUAUGGGUUCGUAAUUAUCAGAUUAGCGAAGUGGAGGCGGCUGAACUCAAUAGUGGGACUACAGAUGAGGAGUCUAUUCGGUUGGUCGAAAUUGGUCCUAGAUUCGUGCUGACUCCCGUUACCAUUUUGGAAGGUUCGUUUUGUGGUCCCAAACUCUACGAGAACAAAGAGUUUGUUUCACCAAACACUGCACGGUCUUUGCGGAAAUUAGAGGCAGCAACAAAAGCAGCAGCUCGGCAAAACCAAUCAAAGAAACACAAGAUAUAG